AUGCCCGUGGCCACAGUCACCACGAGCGCAGCGGGUUCCCUUGCCCUCCUCAAGGACGAGGACCGUGACGUCCGUGUCUAUGCCCUCCAGUACCUUCUCUCGAUCGUCCCCCAGUUCUGGGCAGAGAUCAGUGAAGAGCUCCCAUUCAUUGAAUCGCUUGCCGACCCCCAGUUCUCCGAGCUCCCCGUCGAGUCGCGCCCGCUCGCUGCCUUGCUCUGUUCCAAGGUCUUCUUCUACCUUGGCGAGCGCGACGAGGCGGUCGAGUUUGCUCUCCGCGCCGGCGCCGCCUUUGAAAAGGAGCCAUAUGCCGAGUUCAAGGAGACCAUCAUUGCGGGCUGCAUUGACCGUGCCAUUGCCGACACCAACGCUGGGCAGACCGUCGACACGCGUCUCGAGGAGAUUGUCGACGGCGUGAUCCGUUCGGGAUCGACAGACGGCGCCAAGCUCGCGAUCGGUCUCGCCCUCUCCCUCCGCCGCCUGUCCCUCAUUGAGGGCAUCUACAACGCUUCGCGCGCUUCCUCCGAGGCGUCGUCGUCGCGCACAUCUGCUACCGGCACCCUGCACGACGAGUCGCUCCUCCGCUACAUCCUCGCCGAGACCAUUGGCGGCGCUGCUGGCUCGGACGCUUGGCCGGACUCGUUCCGCCGCGACCUGUUGCAGCUCCUCCUCAAGCUCUUCCAGCUCACCACCCCUACCGACUACAACUCGGUCACUCAACUGUGGGUGCAGCUCGAUGACGCUGCCGCCUGCGGCGACGGUGUUGUCGACCUGCUCGAGACUGGCGGCGACCACGGCCACCUCGAGGCAUACCAAAUUGCCUUUGACGUGACCGACAUGGCCGCCCAGAGCUUCCUGGAGCGCAUGCGUGCGCGCAUCGAGGAGCGCGGCUGGGGUCCCACUGGCACCAAGGGCACCGAGGAGGAGCGUACAGACCUCGAGGAGAUUCUCAACGGUUCGCGCAUCGCCGAGCUCUACAUCAACUUCCUCAAGAAGCACAACCAGACCGACAUGUCCAUCCUCAAGGUCACCAAGGACAGCCUCGAAGACCGCUACUCGAUCUACCACUCGGCCAUCACCUUCACCAACGCCUACGCUGCCUGCGGUACCACCUCGGACCGCUUCCUCCGUGACAACCUCGACUUCCUCGGCCGCGCUUCCAACUGGGCCAAGUUUUCGGCCACUGCCGCUCUCGGUCUCAUCCACCGUGGAUCGUACAUUAACGGUGUCCGCGACCUCAAACCCUACCUCCCUGGCGGCUCGGCCCCCUCCAAGUUUAGCGAGGGUGGUGCGCUCUUCGCCCUUGGCCUCAUCUACACUGGCAGGAAAGAGGGUGCCGAGAAGGAGCUCCGCAAGGGUCUCUCCGAGGUCAACGACCCCAUUGUCCAGCACGGUGCUGCCCUUGGUCUUGGUGUCUCGGCCCUCGCCACUGGUGACGAGGACAUUUACGACGAGCUCAAGAACAUGCUGUUCCAGGACAACGCCACCUCGUCCGAGGCCGCCGGUUACGCCAUGGGUCUCGUCAACAUUGGCCAGCCCUCGGAGCGCGUCCUUGACGAGAUGAUCUCGUACGCUGGCGAGACCCAGCACGAGAAGAUUGUGCGCGGUGUCGUCAUUGGUGUUGCCCUCAUCAUGUAUGGCAAGCGCCACGCUGCCGCCGAGGUCCUGCAAAAGUUCACCACCUCGAACAAUGCCAUCCUCCGCUACGGUGGUAUGUUUGUGUACGCUCUCGCGUACGUCGGUACCGGUGACAACAAGGUCAUCAAGCAGCUGCUGCACUUUGCCGUCUCGGACGUCAACGACGACGUCCGCCGCGCCGCCGUCAUUGCCCUCGGCUUUGUCCUCUUCCGCAACCACACCCAGGUGCCCCGUGUCGUCCAGCUCCUUGCCGAAAGUUACAACCCUCACGUUCGUCACGGUGCCACCCUGGCCCUCGGUAUCUCGUGUGCCGGUACCGGCCUCGAGGCCGCCAUCGACCUCCUGGAGCCCAUGACCUCGGACCCCGUCGACUUUGUCCGCCAGGGCGCAUACAUUGCCCUCGCCAUGAUCCUCAUCCAGCAGACCGAGGCCCAGGCGCCCAAGGUGACCCAGAUCCGCGAAAUGUUCGCCAAGGUCGUCACCGACAAGCACGAGGACCCCAUGGCCCGUUUCGGUGCCUCGCUCGCCCAAGGUAUCAUCGAUGCCGGUGGUCGCAACAUGACCAUUUCGCUCGCUACCCGCGCCGGCACCCCGGACAUGAAGGCCAUUGUCGGCAUGGUCCUGUUUGUGCAGUUCUGGUACUGGUACCCCCUUGCCCAUUUCCUUGGUCUCACCUUUUCGCCCACCGCCACCAUUGCGCUGGAUGGCAAGCUGCGCAUCCCCAAGGUCGACUUUGUCUCGUGGGCCAAGCCUACCAUCUUCGACUACCCCUCGACCGCCAAGCCCGUCACCGAGGAGAAGAAGAAGAAGGCCAAGGCCGCUGUCCUGUCCACCACUGCAAAGGCCCAGGCUCGUGCCAAGACGAAGAAGGCCGAGCAGGGCGACGCCAUGGAGACGGACGACAAGCCCGAGGCCGCCUCGACUGCCACGGCGCCCAAGGAGAAGGCCAAGGCCGAGCCUGCCCAGUCCAUUGUCCACAACAUGAGCCGCAUCACUCCCUCCCAGCUCCCCUUCAUCACCGGCCCUUACGACCCCAUCACCCCCCCACCAUCCACCUCUACCCCGGCCGCCCUCGUCUACCCCAAGAAGGGCCGCUACCUGCCCGUGCGCUCUGUGGGCGACAGCGCCGCGUUCGCCGCCGACAAGCAGGCCGACGGCCGCGCCCGCGUCGCAUGGAGCGGCAAGGUCCUCAUCCUCGCCGACUCGGCACCCGAGUCCGCCGAGGGCGAGUACAUUGAGCUCGACGAGAGCCUCUGGCCUCGCAAUGUCCCCACCGAGGUCACUGCCCCUGCCGGCGUCGCUGCUGGUGUCGGCGCGGCUGCCGCUGGUGCCGAGUCUGUGCCAGCAGCAGGCGCCAGUGCGGCUGACUGGAAUGGCGAGAUCCCCCCGCCGUUCGAGUUCGAGUUUGAGGACUAG